UUAACAUACGCGUCACUCGGUAGGAUUGCCGUAUUGUGCGUCUCUGGAUCUGAUGGCUAAUACAGUCUGCGACUACUACUCACUCUGAAUCUCUCAAGAAGAAACUGUGUGUGUAGAAGAGAUAGAAAACACCCACUGAAGGUGUAUCUGCGUUUUCUAGAAGUUCUUGGCUUUCCAGUUCCAGUCCAUUUGUUACCAAAGGAGAAAAACAGAGCAAUGGGGGAGGAAGAGAAGAGGCCAGAGGAAACGAAGAAGGCUGAGGAGGAAAAGGUGGAGAAAAAAGAAGAACCCACCAAGGAUGAGAAACCAACCGACGGAAAGAAUGAAGAAAACAAUAAUGAGGAAGCCAGAGAGGCGGUGCCGCCACCUCCGCCGCAAGAAAUUAUCUUACGAGUCUACAUGCAUUGUGAAGGAUGUGCCAGAAAAGUUCGCAGAUGCCUUAAGGGCUUUGAUGGGGUGGAGGAUGUUAUGACUGAUUGUAGGACUAGUAGGGUGGUUGUGAAAGGUGAAAAGGCUGAUCCAAUUAAGGUUCUUGAGAGGGUCCAGAGGAAGAGCCACCGGCAAGUAGAUCUUCUCUCUCCAAUCCCGCCGCCACCACCGGCGGCUGAAGAGCCAAAGAAACCUGAAGAAAAGGAGGAGGUCAAAACUGAACAGAAAACAGAGGAGCCUCCUGUGAUUACAGUUGUGUUAAGAGUGUACAUGCAUUGUGAGGCUUGUGCUCAAGAAAUCAGAAAGCGAAUUCAAAGAAUGAAAGGUGUGGAAAGUGCAGAGCCAGACCAAAAGAAGUCAGAAGUAACAGUGAAAGGGGCAUUUGAUCUGGAGAAGCUUGUCGAUUACGUGUACAAGAGGACCGGAAAACAGGCUGUGAUCGUGAAGGUCGAGCCGGCGAAGGAGGAGGAACAAAUGAAAGACAAAAUAGAAGAGAAGAAACCGGCCGAGGGAGGCGAAAAUGAGGCUAAGAAAGGCAAAGAAGGUGGCAAAGAAAACAGUGAUGGGGAUGGGAAUGGGGACGGCGACGGCGGCAAAGAACCACCAGCUAAAGAAGAAGCAGAAGCUGAGGAGCCCAAAAUGGAGUUGAAAAAGAAUGAGUUCUACCAACACUACCCUCAGAACUAUCAAGUUUAUCCUCAAAGGAUUGUCGAAGACAUGUAUUCAUAUCCCCCACAGAUCUUCAGUGAUGAGAAUCCAAAUGCAUGUUCUGUUAUGUAAACGUUGGAGAAGAUGAGGGAUAAAAUAGGGAACAACAUGUCGUGAGGGCACAUGGGUAAGUGUCCUACGGCCAUUCCUCUCUAGACAUCUUGUUGUGCACUUCAAUGUCUUCAUGUGGCCCCGUCUUGGGGUCUCACAGGAUAGCCAUAAAUCUACAGAAGCUGCUAUGGAAUUAUGUGAAGCUUCUGUACCUUUUAAUUUUUUGUUUAUUGCAAUAUUUGUCACAUACUAUGAAUAAUACUAUAAUACUAACAUAUGGAUUAUAUUCUAAA